AUGUUGAUCAUUCUUUUUGUAAUUACUUCUUUAGCUCUUAAAUGGUGUAAAGAAGCUGAUAAAAUAUUUUGUAGAGAUGAAUGGGAAAAAUGUUCAAUAAUAAUGUGGAGUGAUGAAAAUAAUUCAAUUUUUAUCCCCGAAAAUGAUUCAGUUACAAUUUUUGAAUGUAACAAGAAUACAUCUUUGAUCGUUUCUGUUGGAACGGUCAAACAAUUUGUUGUUAUUUUUGAUAAAAACAAUUUUGAAUAUAAAUUAAAAGCAAAAAUAAUAAACAAUGAUACUGACUCCUUUCUGUGUAACAUUGUUAACUGCAAAAAAUGUUCGAAUUCAUUUUUUAAUUCAUGUUCUGAAUGUAAUGAUGGACAUGGGUUAUUUUCAAAUAAUAGUUCGUGUUUGGGAUGUAUUAUUAACAACUGUAAAAACUGUGAUAAUAAUAUUUUACAGUGUUCUUCUUGUUUCGAUGGUAGUUAUAUCUCUGGAAAUACUUGUAUUAAAUGUGACGACAAGUGUAAAUCGGGGCAAUGUAGUACAACACUUGGAUGUAUCUCUUGUAAUGAUAAUUAUUAUAUUAAUGAUAAAAGAUGUAGUCGUUGUGACAACAAAUGCUUAAAUUGUUAUGGUCCACUUUCCACACAAUGUAUUAAUUGUACAGAAGGAGUUGCUUAUAUUGUUGGAAAUGAAUGUGUUGAAUGUGAUUCUAAUUGUGUCAAAGGAAAAUGUAGUCCAUUUACAGGAUGCCAAGAAUGUAUAUCGGGUUAUUAUCCGAGUUUGGGGAAAUGCAAUAAAUGUGACAGCCCAUGUCUUACGUGUUAUAACAGUGGUAAUAAUAAUUGUGGAAGUUGUAUUGAUGGUUUGGCACAUAUAAUUGAAACAACUUGUAUUGAAUGCAAGAAUUGCAAACAAGGGUUUUGUGGUAAUGAAACAGGAUGUUAUGAAUGUGAAGAUUCUUAUUAUCAAACGGGGUUUGAUUGUGAAAAAUGUGAUACAACUUGUAAAACUUGUGGGAAUACAAAAAUAAAUUGUACUUCGUGUAAUGAAGGAACUUUUUUGGACAACACUCGAUGUGUUUUGUGUGAUGAAAAUUGUGAAAAUAACACAUGUGAUGCUGUGAAUGGAUGUCAAAAAUGCAUUUUUGGGUAUUUUCCAGAUGAAAAACGUUGUUCUCCGUGUGAUACAAUUCCAAAUUGUUUAACUUGUAGCCAAACCAACAAAAAUCAGUGUACUUCUUGUGGAGAUAGGUUCAUUGUCAAUAACAGUUUUUGUGAAUGCCCAAGCCACCUUUACCAAAACACUUCGAGCACUUGUGAUGAAUGUUAUAAAUAUUCAACCAAUUGUAAAUUGUGUCGAAAUAUAAUAAAUUUUGGAAUAAGAUGUGAAGAGUGUUUCCCACCAUUUGUAACUGUUAAUGGAAAUUGUAUCAAAUGUGGAAUUAAUACAACUUUUAUUGGAAACGGAUGUGCAACUAACAACAACAAUUGUGAAAUUCAAAACGGACAAAACGAAUGCCUUAAAUGUCAAAAUGAAUUUUAUUUACAAAAUAAAAUGUGUGAACCUUUUGAACACAAAGAAUUGUGCAAAACAAACUCGAAAAACACAUGUGAAGAUUGCGAGAAUGGAAUAACAACAACAGGGAACUGCGAGGAGUCAAUUUGUAAAUAUUAUCACAAAGAUAAAACAUCAACAAAAUGUAUUCAAUGUAACAGACAUUCUAACGUUAACUUAAAUGGAAUAUGUGAAGAGAACAACAAAGAUUAUUUGUAUGACAACAAUGUUAUAUUUAAAUGUAAGGAAAGCCAAUAUCUUGAUAAUAACAAUUCGUGUCAUGAAUGUCAAGAUGAUCAAACAAGCGGUGUCAAAUGUAAAAUGGUAAAUUCAAAAAUACACGGAAUUCAAUGUGAUAAUUCAUUUGUAAUUAACAUAAAAGAAGAUAAGUGUUUUAUUAAUGAUAAAUGUGAAUCAAUUGAUGGCAACGAUUGUGUGAGUUGCGUUUCAAACAGAGAUUCAAUUAUUGAAAACACUUGCAAAAAUUGUGUUGUGGAAAAAUGUUCAUUUUGUAAAAACGACAAAUGUAUUGUUUGUGUGGAAGAAUAUCUUUUAACAACAACUAACGAAUGUAAAACAAAAGAAUAUUUCAGUUGUCAAAAAUCGCACUUAAAUAAAUGUUUGAAGUGUGAAAUAUCAUUCAUGCGAGUUGACGAGAUUAUUGUUAAAGCAGAAUAUUGUGAAGUAAUAGGCAACAACAUCAAAUACGCAAUGAAAUCUAUUUCUGUUAAAACACCCGUUGCAUUUGAAUGCAAUGAAGGAUUUGUUUUAAUCAAUGGAUCUUGCAUAGAUAUUAACCAACUUAAACGAGAUGAAAAUGCAAGCGAUGGAUGUAAAAUUAAAACAACAAAAGGGUGUAUUACCUGUUUUAAUGGAUAUUACAGAUCCGAUGGUACUUGCCACAAAUGUGAUAAUGGUUGUACAACAUGUUUCAAUGCAACUUAUUGUUUGUCUUGCCGUCCCACAUUGGAGUUCUUGAAUAAAGACAACAAAUGUGAAUCAACAGAAGACUUUUUCCUCAAGUGUAAAAAAGAAAUGCCAAACAUGGUUGGGUGUGCAAUUUGCCAAGAAGGGUAUUACAGAAAACAAAGUGAUUGUGAUGCUUGCCACUAUUCGUGUGCUGUUUGUAAAGAUCUCAAUUCCUGUAUAACAUGUAAACCGGAAUUCUUUUUAAUACCAUCAGAAUCGUUGGUGUGUCAAAAUUAUUCAAGUUUGGUUGGGUGUUUAGAAAAAACACCGUUUGGGUGUAAGAAAUGUGAUAAUGGGUAUUACAUUGACUCCAAUGUCCCUCGUUGCAAAACGUGUAUGAACAACUGCUCUUUAUGUUUAAACCAAUACACAUGCAACGAAUGUCAAAACGAGAAUGUGUACAUCAACUCGAAUUGUGUUCAUUUUUCUCAAAUCGAGUUUUGUAUUGAAGCGAAAAGAGGGUUGUGUUCAAUGUGUGUCGAAGGCAAGAAGCCGAGUGAUGAUGGUCUUUCUUGUUCAAACAAAGUGAAUUUGGGAUUGGCCAUUGGUCUUCCGGUUGUGUUUGUGAUAAUAAUAGUCACUUUAAUAGCGUUGUCAAUUGUUGGAAUAUACUUGUUGUAUUUACACAACAAAGAGGAGAAGAAAAUGUUGAACGUUUGUGUAUUUAAAAUGAAGCGCUCCAAUGUCAUAUUUGAAAAAGUGAACGACUGGCUUGUGUCUAACAAAGAAAAAAUAAUAUUCAUUGAUGAAAACAAUGCAAAUAAUGAAAUCCCUGUCAACAAAGAAACUCGCGAAUUGUUGUGUGUUGGGAACAAAUCUAAAAAUCCAAUGAAAAUUCAAUUCUGUGUGAUGAAAGGGUGUGAUUACUACACAAUUCGCACAGAACCCGCUUUGGUGAAUUUGAAGAGUGGGGAAGCCUGUGAAUUUGAAAUAUUUAUAACGCCGCUUUGCUCUUGUAUCAUCAAGGAGAAGAUUGUUUGUGUUGGUCUUGAUAUUAAAAAAGGUGUUGAAAUGACAGAAAAUAUCACAAUCAACGCGAAGACACAAAUGACAACACGACUUGAUUACCACGAGUUAAAAGAAGAGAAAAAGCUUGGAGAGGGUUCAUUUGGAAUUGUUUAUUUGGGUGAGUUCAGAGGACACAAAGUUGCGAUCAAGAAAUUGCGAGAAGGGUGUAAUGACGAAGCGAAAGUUCAUGAAUUUGAAAAGGAGGUUUCAAUGUUGGACAAAUUCAGGUGUGAGUAUUUAGUUCACUUCUAUGGAGCUGUAUUUAUUCCAAACAGAAUUUGUAUGGUCACAGAAUUCGCUGAAUAUGGUAGUUUAAAUGACUUGAUGAAGAAGAAAAGAGAACAAUCGCCUUGCAUGGCAGUCAAGGUGAAAUUCAUGUUAGACAUGGCAAAGGGAAUUAGUUAUUUACACAACAAUGGCAUAGUCCACAGAGACAUCAAGCCAGACAAUUUACUCGUUUUUUCAAUGGACUUGGGAACAACAGUUAAUGCAAAAAUGACUGAUUUUGGAAGUGCGAGAAAUACUAAUAUGUUAAUGACAAACAUGACCUUCACAAAGGGAAUCGGCACACCAAAGUACAUGUCACCUGAAGUGUUAAAUAAAGAGAAGUACAAGAUGCCAAGUGAUAUCUUUUCCUUUGCAAUCAGUAUGUAUGAAUGCUUUACAUGGAAAGAACCAUAUCCCAUUGAAAAUUUCAAGUUUGCAUGGUCCAUAGCAGAUUUUGUUGCAUCAGGAAAGCAUUUGGCCCAAGCCGAAUGUCUUGACAAUACGAUUUAUGCCUUACUGAACAGAAUGUGGUGUUUCGAAGGAAAAGAACGCAUAAAGAUUGAUCAAGUCAUUGAAGCUUUACAACUGUAUUCCACCCCUAUUUAA